AUGGAUCCAAGCUUACUGAGAGAGCGAGAGCUAUUCAAAAAGCGUGCCCUCCACACCAGCGGUAGAAAACGUCCAGCGCCAUCUUCUGACUCCUUCUCCAAAAAGAAGAAAGCAAAGGUAGAGCAAGGUGGCUCCUCAAGCUCCAAACAAAGCACAGAUCACAGCAAUGGAUCAUUUAACUUGAAAGCCCUUUCAGGAGGCUCUGGCUACAAGUUUGGGGUCCUUGCUAAAAUAGUGAAUUAUAUGAAGACUCGGCACCAGCGGGGGGACACACAUGCACUGACCCUUGAUGAGAUUUUGGAUGAAACACAACAUUUAGAUAUUGGACUCAAGCAGAAACAAUGGUUAAUGAGCGAGGCUUUAGUCAACAACCCGAAAAUAGAAGUUGUAGAUGGGAAGUAUGCUUUCAAACCCAAAUACAACCUAAAGGAUAAAAAGGCUCUUCUCAGGCUCUUGGACAAGCAUGACCAGCGAGGGCUGGGAGGAAUCCUCUUAGAAGAUAUUGAGGAAGGGCUACCAAAUGCCCAGAAAGCUAUAAAGGCUUUAGGGGACCAGAUCAUCUUUGUUAAUCGCCCUGAUAAGAAGAAAAUUCUCUUCUACAAUGACAAGAGCUGUCAGUUUACUGUGGAUGAAGAGUUUCAGAAGCUGUGGAGGAGCAUUCCCGUGGAUUCUAUGGAUGAGGAGAAGAUUGAAGAGUAUCUGAAACGCCAGGGUAUUUCUUCCAUGCAGGAAACUGGACCAAAGAAAAUAGCUCCCAUUCAGAGGAGGAAGAAACCUGCUUCUCAGAAGAAGCGUCGAUUUAAGACUCACAAUGACCACUUGGCUGGAGUGCUGAAAGAUUACUCUGAUGUCGUUCCUGGCAGCAGUGAAGGGUUUGGAUUCUGGAGCAAACAUCCAGUUUUUUAUACCGGCUUUUGGCCACUCGGGCUCCAGUGUUUUCUUGCAGAAAGCCUGACUGUAUGUAGUAAUGUGAUGUGUUUCCCCCACCCCAGCAACUGCCAAGAUGAAACAGGUCAGUUUAAGAGCAGGUAUGAACUUCUAAAUUUAGAGUUUAAUUUAAUUAGCUAAUGGGAAAUGGUGUCCUUAAGAGGUUCACACUAGCUGCCUCUUGGCAUGGAGUGAUAAAUGGUGCUCGGCAUGUAAUGCAGGAGUUCCUGUCCAGUGCUUGACUCUGCUUUUACAUUGCUUAAGGUAUUUCCCUGGAAUCACUUACAAGGGGCUUCCUAGUAGUAUCAAACACAGUAUUUGUUACACCUAUUUUGGGAAAACCUUUCUUAAAAAUCACUGCAGCCAAGUUUCUUUCAUCACUGAACACACCCACGGUCUGUAUGCUACUUCCUUGUCAGAGGACUGAGCUUUACUGAACAUUGGUGAUAUCUGAGGCUCAAACUCAGAAAAAAAAACCUAAAAAAAAAAGCCCUCUCCUGAGCUCCUAGCAGGCUGCAGGAUGGCAGUGCAGUGUAGUAGCUUCUCAUGCUAGUCAGAAAUUGCCCUCAGUGAGUUCUUGUCACUGUAGUGGAUUGCAUGUGUUGCACAGUUCUGCUCUAUGGACAGGAGGGAAAUAAGUGACAGUGUAAUACUGGAGUUUUUUUUUUUUUUUUAAGUAAUAAACUUGCAAUGCUGGUUUCCAGUGUUGCUUCCUUAAAGGC